GCUGUCCGUCCUUUCCUUGUGAUUCAUACCUAACCUCAUGCCUAACCCACGUGUCUUCUUUGAUAUCUCCAUCGGCGGUCGACCGGAAGGCCGCAUCGUUUUCGAACUGUUCGCCGACGUGGUUCCCAAGACCGCAGAAAACUUUCGUGCUUUAUGUACCGGUGAAAAAGGCACCGGUGCUUCUGGCAAGCCUUUGACUUACAAGGGAUCCAGCUUCCAUCGUGUGAUCAAGAACUUUAUGUGUCAAGGUGGUGACUUUACUGCUGGUAAUGGCACCGGAGGCGAAUCGAUUUAUGGCGAAAAAUUCGAAGAUGAAAAUUUCCAAUUGAAGCAUGAAGUGCCUUUCUUGCUUUCCAUGGCCAACGCUGGUCCUGGCACCAACGGUUCUCAAUUCUUCAUCACCACCGUUCCUACUCCUCAUUUGGAUGGUAAACACGUCGUCUUUGGUAAAGUUCUCAAGGGCAAGGGCCUUGUGCGCGCUAUCGAGAACCAAGAAACCUCCAACGACAAGCCUUUGAAGGAUGUGAUCAUCGACAACUGUGGUGAGAUUCCCGAGGGGGCCGACGAUGGCGUUCCCGCUCCUGCUGACGGUGACACUUUUGAGGAAUAUCCCGAUGACCAUGAGGGACCCAAGGAACCCAUUGAUUUGGUGGAGAUCGCCGGUAAGCUCAAGGACAUUGGUAAUGGCUACUUUAAAAAGGGCGACUAUGCUUCCGCCGCCAAGAAGUACGAAAAAGCCAUUCGAUACUUAAACGAAAAGCCAAUCUUUGACGAAGAGGAUCCCGAGGAGAUCCGUGUCAAGUAUGCUGCUAUCAAAAUCCCUUGUUAUCUGAACAAAGCCAUGAGCUCGCUGAAAAUUGGCGAUAACCGUGCGGCCAUUGAGGCUACCACAACUGUACUCGAGUACGACGCCAAAUACUUGAAACCGACCGAUAUCACCAAGGCUUUGUUCCGUCGUGGUUCUGCGAAGAUGGCCUUGAAGGAUGCCGAUGCUGCUGUGGAAGAUUUUGAAAAGGCGGCCGAGAAGGACCCUGAAGACGCGGCCAUCAAGCGCGAAUUGGUUCUUGCAAAGCAAAAGCUUGCUCAACGAAAGAUGAAGGAGAAGGCCGCAUUUUCCAAAAUGUUUGGUUAAAGAUUCUUUCAGCAAUAGAAAAAAAAAAGCAUCUGCAUCUUUUUUGUAAAUUUUGGUUUUCUUCUUAUUUUUUUUUUUCCAAAGGUCAU